AAUUUUUCAAAAGGACUGUAAAAGGAAAAGGGAAAGCCAAUCUCCAUAGCCAUAGGUCGAAGCAUUAAUAGCUCUCAACUCUCUUCCAUUACAGCUUCCGAUAACAGAGUCUUCUUUCUUUCUCUUUCUCUCUCUAUCGUUCUGGUCUGGUUUGAUUUCGUUAUAAUGGUGGCCUCAAAGAAGCUGUUGCUUUUCUGGAUACUAUCAGCACUUAUCGUCACCCCAAUUACGUCAAACCUUGAAGAAGACAACGACUCUUCUGUCAGGACUAAACUCGACCAACUCAGGUCCAAAAUUGCUUCUCUAGAAUCGAGCAUCAAGGAGAGAACCAAUGAAUUGAGAAGCAAGAACGAACGGAUCAUAAUGAUGGAGAUGAUCAUUCAAGAGCAAUUAGAUAACAUUUCAUUAUUACAGAAUGACAUAGAUUCUCCAGAUUCUACAGGAUCUUUUAUUGGCAAAAAGCACAAGGGUAAGGCAGAUGAACAGUUAAAUGAACUUGACAAGCAGGUUGAGAAACUUAGGAAGCAAAUAGAAUUGCAGAAUAAGAAAAAUGAUGCACUGGAAGUCCGAGCAAGUAUAGCCGAGAAAAAUAUAUGGGAACUUAACUCAAGACUGGAAGACCUUUUGAAGGUGGAUUAUGAACAGAAGACUCGACUUCAUAAAGCUGAACGAGAUCUUAAAGUGACGAAGGAAGAAAUGUUGAAGGCGAAAUCAGAAGCAGCUUCAAUGUUUAAGAAGUUAACAGAGGUUAAGCGGGAAUUAAAUCCACAUUGGCUUGUACUUCAUUUUUGUAAAAUUAAGUCCUAUAUGCUGAUUCAGUGGAAUAAAUACUUGCAACCAGCUUUGGAUUUCACAAUUGAGAAGGCACUGGAAAAGAAAGUUCAACUUGAGAAGUGGUUGGAUUUACAUAUAAGAACUAUUAAUACAAAAUGUAUCCCAAUGAUGAAAGAGAAAUGGUUGGCAUUUACUACCCAUCUGCAACCACAACUUUGUUCACUAACUUGUAAGACCAUCAAGGUCUGCCAUUCAUCGGUCGAACAUGUUCUGAGGAUAUUAGAGUUGGUGCAACCACAACUUCAAUCUCUUCCCUCGAAGACUAUCAAGGUCUGUCAUUCAUCAAUUGAUUGCAUUCUAAAGACAUUAGAGUUGGUGCAACCGCAGCUUCGAUCACUAAUGUCUAAAAGCACCAACGCCUACCAUUCAUCAAUGGAUCAUGUUCUCAAGACAUUGGAUUCGGUGGAGCCUUACAUUCAGGGAUUUGGCAGGUUUGUUGAGCCAUUCAUGAAUCGGGUUGCCAUUGUCAUAAGGUUUCAUUCCAAUAAAGCUUAUGUUAUGUUGAUGGAAUCUGCAAAUAUAUAUCAUCAGCGGGUUCAACAAGUGCUGAAAAACAACAAGUUAACGAGAUCAAUUGCGAGUGUAGAGUUAGCCUGGUUUCUGGCCUCAGCUCUGUUGGUCCUCCCGAUGGUAGUUUUCUUCAAAUUUUACUUUGCAAUAACAAGUAAAAGCGUAAAAAAGGGUAAUCGAAAUUCUCAUAGGACCCAUCCGUAUAAUAGGAUCCGGAGACGUCAUCAUGUAAAGAAAUGUUCAUAAGGCCACAGUACAAUAGCCAAGGCCAUCAUUGCAGGUCUCAGGUGGCGGUGGCUGCAAAUUACAGCUGUAGUAGCAGGUGCAUAGUGGCACCUUCAGUGUAUAAUCGCAUGAUCCUUGAGUCUCGACGCCAAUGUGUCU